AUGUCGAAUAUAGCUGCAACUCCAUUACGGCAGGCUUCAAGGCUUUGCUUGAGGCGGCCGUCGGCGUCGGCUGGCCUGUUGAGAGGCUCUGGCCCAAGGGUGGCGGCGAUAUCAAAUCAACAAAAGAUCUCCAGGAGGACAUAUGUCUCUGAGACGAAGAAGGAUAGCGCGCAGGUCAAUGUCGACACCGCGAUUCGGGCGGACCAGAAGGCCUUCGUUCAGCAGAUGGGCAAGCAGCCCGAGAACCAGUCAGUUCCGGCGUCAGAUGUCAACGCGGAUGCGAUGAUGAGCCCAAUGGCCGGUGUCCUCAAACAAGCCACCGUUAUGGACGAGGGUCAGAGACCCAUCUACCUUGAUAUGCAAGCUACAACCCCUCUGGACCCCCGGGUGUUAGAUGCCAUGCUCCCAUUCUACUCCGGGCUCUACGGCAACCCCCACUCGAGAACACACGCUUAUGGAUGGGAAACCGAUAAGGCCAUCGAAGCGGCUCGAGAGCACGUUGCGAGUCUGAUUGGAGCGGACCCCAAGGAAAUCAUCUUCACGAGCGGUGCGACAGAGAGUAAUAAUAUGAGUGUGAAGGGGGUGGCGAGGUUCUUUGGCAGAUCCGGAAAAAAGAAGCAUAUCAUCACCAGUCAGACAGAGCACAAAUGUGUUCUGGAUAGUUGCCGGCAUUUACAAGAUGAAGGAUUCGAUGUCACAUAUCUCCCGGUGAAGAGUAACGGUUUGAUCGACAUGGCAGAACUUGAGGCUGCCAUUCGGCCGGACACUGCCCUCAUCAGUAUCAUGUCGGUAAACAACGAGAUUGGUGUUAUCCAGCCUAUUGAAGAGAUCGGCAAGCUUUGCAGAGCAAAGAAGGUCUUCUUCCAUACCGACGGUGCGCAAGCCGUUGGAAAGAUCCCAUUAGAUGUCAACAAGAUGAACAUCGAUUUAAUGUCUAUUUCAUCGCACAAGAUCUACGGACCAAAAGGGAUCGGUGCUUGUUACGUUCGCCGCCGACCUAGGGUCAGAAUCGACCCGAUUAUCAGCGGAGGUGGUCAAGAGAGAGGGCUGAGAAGUGGAACCCUUGCACCCGCACUGGUUGUUGGGUUUGGGGAAGCCUGCCGAAUUGCGAAGGAGGAGAUUGCUUAUGAUCACCAGCGGAUCAAGAAACUCUCCGACAGACUUCUCAAGGGUCUGCUAUCCCUCGAGCAUACCUCCCAGAACGGAGACCCGAACCACUUUUACCCUGGAUGCGUCAACGUAUCCUUUGCCUAUGUCGAGGGUGAAUCUCUCUUGAUGGCUUUGAAGGAUAUCGCACUCUCAUCUGGUAGUGCAUGCACAUCGGCUUCUCUCGAGCCAAGUUAUGUCCUGCGCGCCCUGGGCAGUAGUGACGAGAGUGCACACAGCAGUAUCAGAUUCGGUAUUGGUCGUUUCACCACGGAAAGCGAAAUUGACUAUGUUUUGAAGGCGGUUCAAGAGCGAGUUACAUUUUUGAGAGAACUGAGUCCACUUUGGGAGCUUGUACAAGAGGGAAUUGCGCUGGAUAGUAUCGAGUGGAGUCAACAUUAAUUUUGCGGCGGAAGUGGAAAAUGAGGAAUCAACGGCGUUAUGCGCACAUGUUCUAUGUCUAAGACUGGAUGGGAAUUUCUCGAUGUAACAUAGCAGGCUGGAUGCAUACGGUCACUUAAGUGACUUAUAUAGUCCCUCUUUACAAACCUCCACCGUAUUUUGAAGCCAUGUGAGUCAGUAUAUCGUGAUAGCAUUGCCAUUUGAGUGCUGUCGAUAUGCUUCUGUGGAAAGCUGAGAUCCAUUGAUGUAACGCCUCUGAUCCCUUCCAUGGC